UCAAAGUUGUAGAGAACUAAAGGAGUUUGCAGAUUGGAUUUUAAGCAUUGGAGAUGGGAGAUGUGGAAGAUCUAUGGAUGGAGCGGAUAAUGUUGAAAUUUCAGAUGACAUCCUCAUAAAGGAGUGAGAUGAUCCCAUAGUUGCUAUUUGUAGAGAAAUUUACCUAGAAAUGAUGAGCGGAAUGAACUGUGACAUGCAAGUUGAAGAUCGAGCUAUUCUCGCACCCACAUUGGAGUUGGUUGAUGAAAUCAAUAGGUACAUGAUGAGUUUAAACCCAACUGAAGCACAAACAUAUUUCAGCAGUGACAAAGCAUGCCCUACAGAGAACAAUAAUGACAUAUUAGCUUCUGUCCACACUCCUGGACUUCUAAACGCAAUUAGGUGCUCUGGGGUGCCAAAUCACGACUUAACACUUAAGGUAGGUACUCCCGUCAUGUUACUUCGAAACAUCGAUCACUCUGCAGGUUUGUGCAAUGGGACCCGGAUGGUUCUCACAAAGCUUGGAAAACACAUAUUAGAAGCAAAAAACAUCUCAGGAAAAAAUGCAGGUCAAAAGGUGUUCAUUCCAAGGAUGACUUUAAGCCCAUCCGACCAUAGGAUACUGUUCAAAUUCCAACGCAGACAAUUCCCUAUCAUGGUAUCCUAUGCAAUGACUAUUAAUAAAAGUCAAGGUCAAUCGUUAUCGAAAGUUGGUUUGAUAUUAAAAAAACUUGUUUUUACCCAUGGACAAUUGUAUGUUGCCGUUUCAAGGGUUACAAAUAAAAAAGGUCUAAAGAUACUUCUAUGUCAUGAUGAUGAUAGAGUUAAGGAGACAGACAACGUGGUUUACAAAGAGGUUGAAGGGAUAUCAAAUGAGCAACAUCACAUAAUCAGCCCAACAUCAAGCUAUUACCAUCAGCAAACAGAUUCAGUAUGUGAAAGCAAGUAUUAA